AUGCUCACCGUGGAUGAUGUUCUGGAGCAGGUCGGCGAGUUUGGCUGGUUCCAGAAGCAAGCCUUCCUAACCCUGUGCCUGCUCUCCGCUGCCUUCGCCCCCAUCUACGUGGGCAUCGUCUUCCUGGCUUUCACCCCAGAUCACCGCUGCCUGAGCCCCGGGGUGGCUGAGCUGAGCCAGCGAUGCGGCUGGAGCCUGGCAGAGGAGCUGAACUACACGGUGCCCGGCCCGGGGGCCACCGGCGAGGACUUCCCCCGCCACUGCCGAGGCUACGAGGUGGACUGGAACCAGAGCGGCCUCAGCUGCGUGGACCCGCUGGCCGGCCUGGCCGCCAAUAGGAGUCACCUGCCGCUGGGGCCCUGUCGGCACGGCUGGGUGUACGACACGCCCGGCUUGUCCAUCGUGACCGAGUUUAACCUGGUGUGUGACGACUCUUGGAAGGUGGACCUCUUUCAGUCCUGCGUGAACCUGGGCUUCUUCCUGGGCUCUCUGGGUGUCGGCUACAUUGCAGACCGGUUUGGCCGAAAAUUAUGUCUCUUGGCCACCACCCUCGUCGGUGCUGUGUUGGGCGUCCUCAUGGCCGUGGCCCCGGACUACACGUCUCUGCUGCUCUUCCGCCUGCUGCAGGGGCUGGUCAGCAAGGGUAGCUGGACGUCCGGCUACAUCCUGAUCACAGAGUUCGUGGGCCUGGGCUACCGGCGAAUGGUGGCCAUCCUCUACCAGACGGCCUUCACGGUGGGGCUCGUGCUGCUCUCCGGGCUGGCCUAUGUCAUCCCUCACUGGCGGUGGCUCCAGCUGGCUACCUCCCUGCCCACCUUCCUCUUCCUGCUCUACUACUGGUGCGUGCCCGAGUCUCCCCGGUGGUUGUUGUCACAGAAGAGAAACUCUCAAGCGAUAAAGAUAAUCGACCACAUUGCCCAGAAGAACGGGAAAUCGCCUCUCCCUGAUCCCAAGAUGCUCUCUCUCGAAGAGGAUGUCACCGAAAAGCUGAGCCCCUCUUUUGCAGACCUGUUCAGCACGCCACACCUGAGGAAGCACACCCUUAUUCUGAUGUACCUGUGGUUCACGAGCUCCGUACUCUACCAGGGCCUCAUCAUGCACGUGGGUGCCACGGGCGGGAACCUCCACCUGGACUUCCUGUACUCGGCUCUGGUUGAAUUCCCAGCGACCUUCAUCAUCCUCACCACCAUUGACCGCUUCGGCCUCAUCCGCCCGUUGGUGGUGUCCAAUCUGGUGGCGGGGACAGCCUGCGCCGUCAUGAUCUUUAUCUCCCACGAUCUACACUGGCUGAACAUCACAGUGGCUUGUUUUGGCCGCAUGGGAAUCACCAUCGUGUUCCAGCUGGUGUGCCUGGUGAACGCCGAGCUGUACCCCACGUUCAUCAGGAAUCUUGGGGUGAUGGUGUGUUCCUCCCUGUGUGAUCUGGGUGGAAUCAUCACCCCCUUCCUGGUCUUCAGGCUGAUGGAGGUUUGGCAAGGCUUGCCACUCAUUUUGUUUGCGGUGUUGGGCCUGGUUGCUGGAGGAGUGACGUUGCUUCUUCCUGAGACCAAAGGUGUCACCUUGCCAGAGACCAUUGAAGAUGCAGAGAACCUCGGGAGGAUAGCAAAGCCCAAAGAAAACACGAUUUACCUUCAGAUCCAAACAUCAGAACGUGCUGGCACCUGA